AUGAAAACGGUCGUGGCCUCGUCGCUUCUUGCAGCUACCACUGUGGUGUCGUUCCUUGCGAGUCCCACGUCGGUCAGCGCCCAUGGACAGAUGACGCGUCCGACGGCACGACCGAUUUCUCAAAGCUUUCGCGCUGACUGCGGUGCGCUCAGUGGGGCAGGAGACCAGGAACUGCAAUACGCGCCAGUGGAGCUGCUUCAGAGCCGAGCGCAGGCCGAUCGACCCGCCGGUCCCACGUUUAAUAUCCUGAACGGCUGCAGAGGAACAGUGUACGAGCUGAAUAACACCGUCACGGAGCUAGAGGCUGACACGCCCUUUGACGUCGAGUGGAUCAUCCAGGCGCCACAUCCUGGCACUAUGGUGCUCAGUGUCGUCAGGCCAAGAGUUGACGGCCGUGGCGUCAUUACGUACGAGGCGGUGGCAAAGCUGCUGACCAUCGACCCGUUCGCGGUAAGCUCGAGCGAGAAGACUAGCACAGUAGCUAUUAUCCCCUCGAGCGUCACGGCGUGCGGAUCAGCAGGUGACUGUGCGCUGCAGUUUUACUGGCACUCGGAUCUAGCGGGCCAGACGUACCCGACCUGCGGUGACAUUGUGGUGACGCGGAGUGGUCAGUCUGCUUCGGAGACUUUGACCGUCGCUCCAAUGGCUCCUGGUAGUGCACCAACUAGUGCAGACUCGAGGGCAGGGGGAGGACUUGAGACGGACGGACCGAAGAGCGGGAACAAUGCGAGCUCGGACGUACCUCUCGAGACGUCACCUACCGCUAAAAAAAGAUGCACACGUCGGCAGCAGCAAAGCUCGGCCGAGUCCAGUGCUCUGUAG